GAGAUGAAGGAGAAGGAAUGAAGCUUUUCUAAUGAUGCGAUGAGUGUUUGUGUGUUUUGCAGUCAGCAGGAUUUAAGCUUCCGAGAAGGGCAGAGAACGAGGGGUGGCGUGGAGAGAAGAGACGAGGCUUUGAUGUGGUGAUAAGAAAGUUACAGUAUGUUGGUAUGCUUUGGCAUUUGUGAGUAAAAUAAUCCUAGAAAGAAAGACAGCAUCCAGUGAUAACCGGAGAGGGAAGAAAAGAUCAGAGGACUGGGAGGAGUGACGAGAAUACGGAUGGCGGAAAGAGGAACUGAGAUUUUGGAGCGGCUCACCUGUCGCCUCACAGCAAUAAGGUCCUGGGUUCGAUUCCAGCCCCGACUGGGCCUUUCUGUGUGGACUUUACACAUUGUCGCUGUGUUUACAUGGGUUUUCUCCAGAUACUCUAAGGAGGAGGUGGACGCGGGGGCCAUCAUCGUGCAGGAGGCGGUGCCCGUCCUCCGCGGGGACACGGAGGACACUCUGUCGGACAGAAUCAAAGGAGCCGAGCACCGGGCCUACCCCGAGGCCGUGGAGCUGGUGUCCAGUGGGAGCGUGAGGCUGGGAGAGGACGGGCGCAUCAUCUGGGAUUCAAAGCGCAGUUAGAACAGUUAGAAAAGUCUGAGACGUGUGUUUGAAAACUGAUUCUGUCCAUGAACCAGCAGCAUUUCAUCUCAUCCUUUUGGUCUCCUAGCAUGUCUUUGUAUUAGACUUGAAAUAAAAACUACAUUCCAUUUCUGUUUACAUUCCAUUUUUCAGCUUUGUAGACAAAUGUUACAGUUGUGUGCAUGAGAAUGAAUCACAUAGAUGGAAA